CCACGCAUCACUACCCAAGUAAAUGUACUAUAUAAUUGCAUCUACUCAAUUGUACCCUAAGUCAAUGAUUCAACUCCUGAGACCAGGUGGCAUUCUCUCUGCUUCUGGACGCGCUAAGCUUCCGCCCUGGCUCACCGCUUGCGGUCAAAAAGCGCCCCUCUAUAUUUAUCCCCGAGUCUGGAAUUUCCCCUCUUAAUUUAUCCCCUGGAGAUUCAAUUCUUGAAAUUCAUUCAAUAUGACCGAAGCUGCCAGUGUCUAUCCUUCAUUGGAGAACCGUCCCCUCAAGAACACGGUUGUCCUGUUCGAUGUCGACGAGACUCUCACCCCCGCAAGACGUCAUGCCUCUCCAGAGAUGCUUGAGCUUCUCUCUCGAUUGCGUCACAAGUGCGCCAUUGGAUUUGUUGGCGGCUCGAACCUUGUGAAGCAGCAAGAACAACUCGGAACUUCUACUAUCGAUGUCACCACCCUGUUUGACUUCUGCUUCUCCGAGAACGGUUUGACUGCAUUCCGCCUGGGUAAGUCGCUUGCCAGCAACAACUUUAUUCAGUGGCUUGGGGAGGACAAGUACCAGGCGCUGGUGGACUUUGUUCUGAAGUUCAUUGCCAACACCAAGCUUCCACGUAAGCGCGGUACUUUCAUUGAGUUCCGCAACGGAAUGGUCAACAUUAGCCCUGUUGGACGUGCAGCCAGCCAUGAUGAGCGCAAUGAGUUCGAAGCUUACGACAAGAUCCACAACGUCCGAAAGAACCUGGUCGAGGCCCUGAAGAAGGAGUUCCCUGACUACGGUCUCACAUACUCCAUUGGUGGCCAAAUCUCCUUUGAUGUCUUCCCCACCGGGUGGGACAAGACUUACUGCCUGCAGCACAUCGAGGCGGAGAAGGGCAUCUCGGGCAUCGAAUACAGCACCAUCCACUUCUUCGGUGACAAGACUUUCGUUGGAGGUAACGACUAUGAGAUUUAUGAAGACCCCCGCACCAUUGGACACGCUGUCGAUGGCCCCGAGGACACCAUGAACCAGCUCAAGAAGAUUUUUGACCUGUAGAUGUGAGGUUGGUGCAAUACCCAUGCGCAUGGAUUUAUGAUAGCGUUUGCAUGCAAAGUUUGAUCUCCAUUGAGACAUGUUAAAAGAUAGAUCAAAUUGAUCCUUUAAUCCUUUAC